AUGACAGCCCCUUUAAAACUUCAUUUGUGUCAAGAAGAUCCUCCACAAUUUCGUAAAGAAUUAGCAGAAUGUGAAAAUUCGGUUUUUGGACUCGAGAAUACUAUAAAAAAUCUUGUCAAAUUAGCAAGAUCAAGUGUUGAAUUAGCUUCAGAGUAUACAGCGAAACAACUUCAAUUUGCCGAAGAACUUGGAAAUUUUGCAAAACAACAACCCGAAUCAAUUAUUAAAACUGUCCUUUCAAAAUAUGCCUUUUCACUUCAAGAAAACUCUCAUAUGUAUGACAUGUUCAUAGAGCCAUUGGAAGCUUUUGCUAAAAAUGAAAUAAUUCCUUUAAAGGAAGUAAAGAAAGUUGUUGAAAGGGCUUGUUAUGAAGCUGACACUGCUCUUUCCAGAUAUAUGAGCAAAAAACCUAAAGACUCUAUGAUUGCUGAUGCAUCAAUUGAAGUGGCAUAUACUCGAAGAGAAUUCCAUAAUCGAUAUAUUGAUUAUGUAGUGAAAAUAAAUGAAUUAGAGGCAAAAAAGAAAUUCGAAUUCAUGGAAUACAUAUUAGCAUUGAUGUUUACUGAAUCAUCAUUUUAUCAUCAAGGUUAUGAUAUUAUGAAAGAUUUGGAACCACAUAUGAAAGAUGUUACAAGAUUACUUCAAGAGGCUAGGACAUCUUAUAACGAUGAUGUCGCAGAAUCACAAGUAUUAAAGGAAAAGCUUUUGGAUGAAGCUAGAGCAUCAUAUAAUCCAAUACGUAUUCCCAAAGAUCCUACUGAUGAUAAUAUAGUUGUGGCGUCAACAUCUGCUACCAAAUCGGGAUAUUUGUUCAUGAAAGGAAAUCAACGAGUGAUCCAGUCAUGGACUCGUAAAUAUUUCACCAUUUCAGAUGAACAUUUAUAUUACUGUAGCAGAAAUGGGAAGGGAACAAAUGACGAUGAACCUACUUCGAUUUCUUUAAGAGUUUGUCAUAUUAAACCCUUGUUGAAUAAUUCAGAUAGGAGGUUUUGUUUUGAGAUAAUAUCUCCCAACAG